GUUUGACGUUGACAUGCAAGAAAAAUCAAUUUAUAUUUUUAUAAAAUGCAAAAGGUAUCAAUAUAAAAUUUGUUAAGCAAUUGAUCAGACCUGAUGUUUUAUUAUUGACAGAAACAUUACCCAUUGAAAAAUAUGGAUAGUACUUCUACUAACGAUAAUUGUAUGGAAGAUAGAAGGCUUUGGAUUGGAAACCUGGAUCCCAAGGUUACUGAGUAUCAACUUUUGAAACUUGUGCAAAAACAUGGUACCAUUGAAAAGUUUGACUUAAUUUUACACCGUAAUGGGCCAUUAGCUGGACAACCAAGGGGAUACGCAUUUGUUACAUAUAAACAAAAAGAAAAUGCCUUUGCUGCAAAAGAAUUGUUGAAUAAUCAAUUAGUUGGACAGAAAAACAUCUCUGUCACAUGGGCCUAUAGUGUUAACAAUGAGGAAGUAGAAAAACCCAAAGAAAAUAUAAUCAUACCAGCCCUAGCUAUGUCAUUAGCUGGUCAAAAAACUGAUAGAAUAUCGCAAAUUCAAGCUAUAGAAGCGAAACUGAAAUUGAUGGAGAAGAAAAAUGAAGAUGAAUUGAAAAUUAACGACACAGUGGCAACAAAACCUCCAGUAAUUCUACAAUAUCAACAUAAAAUUUUAAAUGGUGUCAAUACCAUAAGCUCGAAUAUUAGUAGUAACAAACACCUUAUGAAAAAAAGAGACAGGUAUCAAAAACCUUAUGCAAAAAAUAAAUUUGGAAAAUAACUCAUAUUUUUUAUAUAUAGUAUGUUGUUAAAAUAACAGUGAGAGUUAAAUAUGUACAUUUAUUCUGAAAUGAUUAUGUUAAUGAGUACAAUUGUCUAAAAAAGUCUCAGAAACUGUCUUAAAUAUUGCUUCAAUACAGGUUGGAUCAAUAGUAGAGAAUCUCAUAUUAUUUUAACUAAAAAAAAAUGUUUUUCAACUCAUGUACAGGAUUAUUUAUGAUACUUUACUUAUCCUCGAUAAUAUUGCCUGUUGAAAAAAAUGGAUUUAACAACAAGUCAAAUUUAUAUACUGAGUGUAAAAGAAACAGAAACCAGAGUAUUAUAGUAGGUCUAAUUUUGAAUUUUUUGGUAUAACCUCCAGUUUCACUAGAAACAAUAUGUAAAUUAGAAAUUCUAUAUGAAUAUAUUUACAUUUUUGAAAUUUUGUUCCUUUUCGAGAAAAAUUUUAUAACUAGGGGAGGGCUUGUCUGGCUGGUUCUCAUGAUCGUCCUAGCUACAGGCGUUGCUGACUUUGAAGCAAGUGUCUUCUGCUAGUUGCAAAGGAUGUGUUUCGUGGAAUAUUCCAAAAAGACUAGUACAACUACUUGGGAAAACAAAUUUCUUCUUGAAAAAUCAGUAAUUUUGCCACCACUCCGGUAAAUGACAGCAUAUUGCAAAUUAUCCUGGUACAAUUUUUGUUUUCUGAUUGAUGCAAAGUAGAAGAAAUCAUUUAAAUGUAGAGCCUUCUCAGAAAAAAAAAAUUAUUUUCUAAUAUUUACGGAGUAACUGUUGGAUUUGGGGUCAGUAUAUUGUGCAAAUGAAGGCUUUCUCAGAAAAACAUGCAUUUUUUAAUACCUAUGGUGCAACUAUUUGAAUAUAGGGUCAGAAUAUUGUGCAAAUAAGGGCAUUCUCAGAAAAAAUGCAUUUUUUAAUACUGAUGGUGCAACUAUUUGAAUAUAGAGUCAGUAUAUUGUGCGAAUAUGGGUGUUUUCAGAAAAAAAUGCAUUUUUUUAAUACCUAUGGUGCAACUAUUUGCAUAUAGGGUCAGUAUAUUGUGCAAAUAUGGGUCUUCUCAGAAAAAAGGCAUUUUUUAAAACUUAUGGAGUAAAACUAUGGUACAACUAUUUGAAUAUGGGGUCAGUUCAAUUGUCCGAAAUUGUGUACUACCAGAAUAUCUUGCAAUUACACUUCCUGAGACACAUUUCAAUAACCAAGUUAUCCUCAUCAAGGAACUGAAGGUGAACUGAUUAACAGUUAAUUUUUCUAACAAGCUCUCUAGCUGUAACAGGCAUUAUUAUAUCGGUCGAUCCAUAAUUUUUCUUUUAAAAAAAUUGUAUCUACCCAUCAAUUAAAACUUAUUAGUAUUCGGAAUUCCGAAUAUUAAUGCUGUAUAUCAUUUAAAGUGGCGUGAACCAAAAAAAUUGUUUCAGAAUUUAUUAGAACAAAUGAGUUAUUUAUAUCUAGUAUUUAUAUUUCGAAAGUACAAAGGAAUGUUUGUGUUUGUCAAAAAAAGUUGUAUUUUAAUCA